AUAUUCGUUCUCGUAGUCCUACAAAUUAUUUAUUUCCGACGAUCAAUUUUUAUUAUUGCGAUACCGGUUAUGAUUGUCUUAACAACAGCGUUCAGUAUAAUCGAGCGAAGAUAUAUCUUUAUGUGGCCGAUUAUUGCAUUUUCUUGUUUUCAUAUUAUAUUGUCGCUUUAUUUCCUGCUAAUAUUUUCUUAUUUCUACUUCUUCAAGCCUUUAUAUAUCAUUAUGGUACUAAACUGGGUCUUCGACACUUUCCAUACAACAAAGACAACUUCAUAUUAUGUGCAUUGCUUUGUGAUUUCAAUGAGUACCAUAAGUUUUGGUUUAUUCAAUUUAUGGCAACUAUGGAUUUCACAAAAUUUUCAAAAUUAUGUACGUCUUCAUUUCGAGCUUCGAAAUUUAUCAACCGACAUCACUAACGAAAAAUCGAUCAAGAAUGCUAAUCUAGUUGUAUAA